AUGCCACAUCUUGCUCCUUACAGGCUUUAUGGCUUCAUCCAGAGGAUUGAUACCAGGAUUACCACAAGCAAGUCUUUUAGACAACUUGGUUCCCGGUCUGCAGUAUCGAUAACCUGUGACGCUGAUGUUUCUAGUAAUGAUGCUACCAAUCUAGCUAAGCAUACUUUUCAAACUCAAACGUCUCAAACACCUAUGAGUCAUGGCACUGAUGACGUCAAUGUUUCUUUGGAUAGUGUUUCAGGAGGCUACGCCACAGUUGUUGAAGCCUUAGAUCGUGAGCGCAGAAAUUACUAUUUCUUCUUGGUAAUCGCUUGUGAUAGUGGAAGGCACAGAAAGCAUCAAACAUCUGUAUUUAUCGAAAUCUUCGUUCAAGAUGUAAAUGACAAUCAUCCUGUUAUUGAAAAAUACUAUUACACUUUGCAAGUACCCGAGUUUAUAUUACCAGGGCAAGACAUUUUAAAAAUAAGAGCUUAUGACCCAGACGAUGGUUAUAAUGGAGAGAUAGUUUUUACGUUCUUAAAUGGACAAGAUAAUACUCAAUUUAGUAUUCACCCUCAAACUGGUGUAAUAACUGCAUUAUUACCACCAAUCCAGAAAUACGGUUCCACUCAUCGUCUUAAUGUUAUUGUUAAAGAUAAAGGAAUAACUCCACUAAGCACAAAGUGUUUAGUUGAACUGAAAAUUGGAAAUGUUUCUGAUUCAAGUCCGUUUCUUAAAUUUCAAAAUGACUGCUAUCAAAGUCUUGUCUAUGAGAAUAUUUCAGAUAAUUCUGAAAUAAUUCAAGUAACAGCACUUAUGUCUGAUGGUCGACGCCCACUUAUUCAUUAUUCGAUUGAGUCUGGUAACGAACGAGAUAUAUUUAGCAUAAAUGGUGAAUCUGGUGUUGUAAAAGUAAGAAAUUCUUCUGAGUUAGAUGCGGAUUUAUGGGAAGAAAUUUCUAUGGAUACGAAUAAAAUAGUAACAAAGAAAACGAAUAGUAGUGACAUCGAAAGAAAUUGGAUAGUGAAAAGAAAUGAAGAUAAUAGCCAAGCAUAUAAGGAUUUUCAUCAUAGAUUAACAUUAUUAGCUAAAACUAUUGGAUUGCAGAUAUUAGAAUCAUAUGUAACACUUUUUGUAAAGAUAAUAAAUGUCAAUGAUAACGCACCAAUUUUCACUCAAUCUCAAUAUACAGCAUCAGUACUUGAAGGCCAUUCCAAGGGCAGCUUUGUGAUUAGAGUAUCUGCAUACGACAUGGAUAAUGAUCUGGAGAAUCAAAUUGUAUAUCAUAUUGUGGAUGGAAAUCAAGAUAAUGCUUUCAUCAUAACUCCACCAUACAGUGGAAUUGUACGUACUAAUAUUGUUCUCGAUAGAGAAAUAAAAGAAGAAUAUUAUCUAACUGUUAUUGCUACUGAUAAAGGCGAUCCACCAUUAACGGGAACUUCUUAUAUAACUGUGCAAGUUGUUGAUAUUAACGAUAAUCAGCCUACAUUUCCAGAAUUAGAUGUAAUUACAAUUUUCGAAGAUACUUGUCCUGGUACUGUACUCGCAACUAUUUCUGCUAAUGAUGUGGAUAGCUCUCCCGCUUUAGUAUACCACCUGGUUGAAGAUAGCAAACUUAAUAAUUUUAGAAUAAAUCCGUUUAGUGGUACUAUUAUUCUGACGCACAAGCUUGAUGCAGAAUCAUGUGAAGAGUAUAAUUUACUAGUAAGUGCUACAGAUGGCAUACAUGAAGUAACAACAUUAAUAAUUUUCAAAAUCAUGGAUGUGAAUGAUAAUACACCUUAUUUUAAAGAAAGUCUCAGUUUAAUUUCAGUAACAGAUUCUGGUGGCUGUUUUAACAGAGACCAGUCGUACCAUGCCGCGCCAUCACUCCUAGCAUACAUCUCGAUGAUCACACCUAGUGGCCAGCAGGAACAGGGCCAAUUGGAAUCCAUGAUUAUCAAGACAAAACCAACCUUGAUAUCUGCAUUCAAGUCAUACCAUUUCUGGCGUAUUUGGAGUUCAUUCAAGUAUUCAUCAGAUUUUGAUCAGGGACCAAAGUUAAAGGUCGACCUGUUAAAAUAUGAGCUGGGAAUAUUGUUACUGGAUCAUUUGGAUCCAAUAAAAGAGCAGAAAGGGGCCGAGAAUUAA